UGGCACCGCGUUUCUCCCUUUCCCAGACAUCUUUCAGCUAUCAUCGCUUCUCUGUCGUCUUCAACCCAUUUCGCCCGCUGAAAAGAGUGAAAUUUCCGUAAAUUAUUUCUGUCCAAUCUGAAUCAACCAAAAAUAUCUGAAAUAUUCGAGAGUUAAUUAAGCAAUUUCAGCACUGACAGGAGCUCAUUUUCCCGAUUGAUGGAUUUUGCUCCAUGCGAUCACAAUGCAUCGCCUGCCCAAAAUCUUCGCUAAUAGCUCCGAACGCCGGAGAAGUGACUCGGACUCCGUCUCCGGGGAAAGCUCUAGCUCGAGCCGGCGCGCCGCCAGUUCGAAGCCGAGGCUCGAGCGCCGUAACGCGAGGAAGAAUAUCAAAUACGAUUACUCGCUCUCAUCCGCCUCAUCGUCGUCGUCGUACUACACCGCGUCGGAGGAGUCUCUGCACACGCGGUCGCUCGAUUUGUACGGUGGGAAUCAGAGUUUCAGGGUUCAAGGUAUCGACGGUGAGAUCGAGAUUAUGUGCAAAAACCUAGGUUUUUCGGGUAUUGAUGAUUUCUCUAUAUCGCCUGAGGACUAUGAGGUGAUGAAAGUGAGAUCGUCUUCUGCUCCUGUCGGGUUCACUCAGGCAAUCGAGGAGGUUGGCGAUGGAGCUCUUGCAAUUGGUGGUAGUGAAAACUUAAUUAGAUGUUCAGGUCCUAGUGGUGAAGUAAUUAGUAAUAAUUCAGAGGGAAUUCGUGAAUAUAGGAAUAGGGAUAAUGUUAUUGGUAUUACAAUGGUGGAUGAUGUGAGGGUAAGUGAUGGCAUUUCAAAUGAUGAUUUGGGUGGUAGAUCGAAUGAACUCCGUGGAAGUGGCAUUAAGGGUGUGAGGCCGCCAUCUCUAGGCCUUCUGGCUCCUCCACCAUUUAUGUCAUUACCUGUGGUUGAUCAAGAGUGCUCCACUUGGGAUAUCUUCAGAAAUUUUGGCCCAGACAGUGGACAACUGCAAGCCUUGGAUGAGCAAGGUGGUCAGGAUAGGAUUGGGGAUGAGGACCAUGAGGAUCAAAGAAGGAGAAUGGCAAGGGAAGAGAACUUUGUUCUCUCAGCAUCGUGUUCAUUCACCACAAGCUCGAAUGAUGAUGAUUGCUCAAGCACUACAACAGACCCUGUAUCAAGUGUCUCACCAAAUGAGAGAUGUAGACGUGUUAUUUCAAAUUGGCAGAAGGGCGACCUCUUAGGCCGUGGAUCAUUUGGAUCUGUGUAUGAGGGAAAUGCCGAUGAUGGAGUCUUUUUUGUUAUUAAGGAAGUAUCUUUGCUCGAUCAAGGGGGAGAAGGAAAGCAGCGAGUUGCUCAACUUGAACAGGAAAUUGCACUUCUGAGGAAGCUUGAGCAUGAAAAUAUUGUCCAGUAUUAUGGCACAGAGAGGGACGACUCACAUCUCUAUAUAUUUCUUGAGCUUGUUACCAAAGGCUCUCUUUUGAGCCUUUACCAGAAAUAUACCCUCCGAGACUCGGUAGUCUCUUCUUAUACAAGACAGAUUCUUCAUGGUUUAAAAUAUCUGCAUGACCAAGGUGUAGUGCACAGAGACAUCAAGUGUGCAAAUAUACUGGUGAACACUAAUGGAUCGGUGAAACUUGCAGAUUUUGGUCUUGCAAAGGCAACUAAGUUGAAUGAUGUCAAAUCUUGCAAGGGCACUGUAUUCUGGAUGGCUCCUGAGGUUGUUAGGAGCCAGGGCUAUGGGCUUGCAGCAGAUAUAUGGAGUCUUGGGUGCACUGUAUUGGAGAUGCUUACCCGGCGUUUUCCAUACGGGGAUAUGGAAUGCAUGGCAGCGAUGUUUAGGAUAGGAAAGGGCGAGAGACCACCUAUUCCUAGUUCUCUUUCAAGAGAUGCACGAGAUUUCUUACUUAAAUGUCUAAAAGCUGACCAAAGUGUGCGGUCAACAGCUGCCGAGCUCUUGAAUCACCCCUUUGUGAGGCGACCACUUCAAGUGUCAUUGGGAUUGGCAUCUUCUCAUCCUUUUAACAGGCUAAUUUGAGCUUUGUUUGAGAGUUCAGAACAUCUUGCAAAGAACAUAUCUUUGCUCCACAUCCCCAACGAAAACGCCAAAGGCCAGGGAAAAGUAGCUUCCACCGGCACAAAAAACCUGUUUUGCAUUAUAUUGGAUGGCAGGAUUAUCGUACUCAGAAUUUUCGCCCAUUGCAGCUGGUCGUGUUGUAUCUUCCUGUUGAAGCAGUUGGUUUGUGGAUUAAAACCAUACAUUGCGUCUUUACAGUUCGAAUGUGUGCAUUGGAGUUUCUGCAAUUCAGUUAAUGAGAUUUACCAAACAUUUUCCUCACAAGAAUCCAAGAAAGUACUUCUCUGCAUUGUCGACUCCUUGUGCUCCGUUUGGGUGUUUCUUCCCAAGCAGGUCUGGUGUGCAUAGCGGGUGAGUAACACUAUAUUUUUCUCUGUUCUCUUUAAUAAGGACAGCGCUAUUGAGAUUUCCAAUUUAAUAGAGCUGAGAUUGUAUGGCUCAAACCCCAUAGGCUAGCUAACCCUAUAGGUGUACAUGGUGUUCCUCAUAUUACUUGUAGAAAAUGGUGUAAUAAAUUUUAUUGGUAUCUGAUGAAUUUUAUUAUCA